AUGGAAGAUCUCAAGCAGGUUGAACACGAACGUAUCUCAACAUCACUUGAGGUAGAGACACUGGAUGUCAACCUAUUCCGGUCCAAGAAUCUCUGGCUUCCCCCGCUGAGUCGCGGUGUUUUUGGAGGACAAGUCAUAUCUCAGGCAUUAGUCUCCGCGACGAAUUGUGUGGGCCCGGAAUAUGCUCUUCAUUGCUACUUCCUUGCCAGCGCAUCCCCCUCUACACCAAUUCUGUACCAUGUCGAAGACAUGCGUACUGGCCGUUCGUAUGCCUCGCGGCUGGUCAAGGCAGUUCAAACUGGCCAGACAAUCUUCAUACUCGUCUGUUCGUUCCAGAAGCCAGAGCCAUGGCAACCCUCUUACCAGUUGCCAAUGCCUAUCGUCCCGGAACCGCUGAAAUGCGAAUCAGAGGAAGUGCGGUACGAACGGCUGGCAGCGCGGGAGGGUAUUCACCCCAGGCUGAAACAAUAUUACAUCUCCUGUGCCACGGAACGAGCGAAGAGCCCGAUAGACAUAAGAAUUGCUCGUGAUCACCAGGGCGUGGAGGUGCAUAUGUAUUGGAUGCAAGCAAGGAACAUCCCGCACUACGAUGCUCCAUUUCAAAAGUGUAUCUUGGGUUAUUUGUCCGACUUCCACUUCAUUUCCACAGCUCCUCGGAUACUUGGGUUGAAGAGAUUCGGCAAGGGCCCAACAGGACUGGCUAUGCUCUCAAGCUUGGACCAUUCCAUCUAUUUCUAUGACAACGACUUCGAUUGUGGAGACUGGUUGUUAUACGUAAUGGACUCUCCGAGAAUUGGCUCUGGUCGUGGUAUCAUGCAUGGUCGCUUAUAUUCACGCUCCGGCAAACUCGUAGCGGUUACAUCGCAGGAAGGCGUAGUUCGCGCCGACAUACGAGAACCCGGUGCGCCUACUCGGUCGGCGAAGUUAUAG